CGGCUCGCUCUUGACACACGGCCCACCGGUGCACUGUCCCGGCGUUAGCUGAAGGAAUCACAUCGCCCUGACCCGCCAGUCUCCUCCCAGCGAGUCGGAGCCAGCUGUGGGACCCGUUACAUAAAGCCCGAGGACCCGGACUCCCCCGGAGCAGCGGGGAAGAAGACGUUUAGCGGCGGCAGAAGCGGAGAAAAGCAUGGCAGUCCUGGGCAGCGCCAGCCGCCUCAUUCUGUUUGCACGGAGCGGCCUCGGCUUGGCUGUGAGACGGCGCUCCACUGCUGCAGCUUUAGCUCAGAGUGCACCCCCAGAUACACAGGAGAACAGGAAACCUAAAACAGGCAUCCUGAUGCUGAACAUGGGAGGACCGGAGAAACUGGAAGACGUCCAUGAUUUCCUACUGCGUCUUUUUAGUGACACCGACCUGAUGAAGCUCCCUGUACAGAACACGCUGGGCCCCUUCAUCGCAAAGCGCCGCACGCCAAAGAUCCAGGAGCAGUACAGUAAGAUCGGGGGCGGCUCCCCCAUCAAACACUGGACCUCCAUGCAGGGCGAGGGCAUGGUGAAGCUGCUGGACGAGAUGAGUCCAGAGACGGCCCCGCACAAGUUCUACAUCGGCUUCCGCUACGUUAACCCGCUGACGGAGGAGGCCAUCGAGGAGAUGGAGAAAGACGGGGUGGAGCGAGCCGUGGCCUUCACCCAGUAUCCCCAGUACAGCUGCUCCACCACAGGCAGCAGUCUGAACGCCAUCUACCGCUACUACAGCGGCAGAGCCGACCGGCCAAAGAUGCGCUGGAGUGUCAUCGACCGCUGGCCCACACACCCUCUGCUGGUGGAGUGUUUCGCAGAGCAUGUUAGAAAUGAGCUGCUGAAGUUUCCAGAGGACAAAAGAGACGAUGUUGUCAUUCUCUUCUCUGCACACUCACUCCCCAUGGCUGUUGUAAACAGAGGUGACCCAUAUCCCCAGGAAGUGGGAGCCACAGUGCAGAGAGUCAUGGAGAGGCUAGGCCACUGUAACCCUUACAGACUGGUGUGGCAGUCCAGGGUGGGGCCCAUGGCGUGGCUCGGCCCCCAAACGGACGACGUGAUCAAAGGCCUGUGUGAGCGAGGGAAGAAGAACCUGCUGCUGGUGCCCAUCGCCUUUACCUCCGACCACAUAGAGACGCUACACGAGCUGGACAUCGAGUAUGCGCAGGUUCUGGGAGAGGAGUGCGGGGUGGAGAACAUCCGGAGAGCAGAGUCCCUGAAUGGGAACCCACUCUUUAUGAAGGCCCUUGCAGACCUGGUCCAGUCCCACCUGAAGUCUGACCAGCCCUGCUCCCGCCAGCUGACCCUUCGCUGCCCCCUGUGCACCAACCCCACCUGUGGGGAGGCCAAGGCCUUCUUCGCCAACCAGAAAGCCUCAUAGAAAAACACCCCGGACGCUUCCACAGCCCCAGGCUCCCCCCCGGAGAGACUAAACACGAAAGCUUCACACACACACACACACACACA